AUGAACCCUGAGAGCUCAUGGCUUGUAGCUCUGAAGAACAAGUUUAAAAAUGAAAGGAGGAAACUGCAAAACAACCAUGAAGUGCAAAAGCAGCGGGAAAAGUUCGGGAGCCAUCGGCGCCGAGUUAGUAGCGAACGUGCCAACUCCGAGCUACAGCGAACCAGGCGACAGAAUAUUCCACUUGGGACAGAUCAUGAGGAUGAUGCAAGCCUUCAAGCACACGAAGAAUGGCUGAAGACUGAGCACAAGAAGAGGAGCCCCAAUGAAGAGCAAAUCAAGAUACGCAUGGCAGCAACUUACAAAGGAAGGUGCGCAAAGCUGGCGGUAAUGCCUGUGCAAGCGUCAUUAGAAACAUACCCCUACAUAAUGAUUGCAGAGCGGCGGCUGGCUCUCUCUGCGGUCCAAGAUGGCAUUCAAGAGGUGGUCAAUCUUACACUCAAAGGCACAAUUUCCACCAGCAGUUCACUUCUUCAGAUUGUGCAACAAAUCCCCCACUUGGAUGAUGUCUGCUCAGCACGAAAAAAGCACCUUUUUGCUGUUGCUGCAGUGCGCAUCAUGUGCCGUUGCCUACGUGAGCCGGAUGGCAUCUCGCAGCUUUUCAUUCAUGAAGACGUAGAUCCUGAAGACUUCCCUUCGACACCUUGUGUGCGGUACACAGGAGCAUCUCUAGAGGAGGCACAACACAUGCACCUGCUAGUUGAAAGCCAGGAACUUUUUCGAAUCAUCAAUGCAGAAGACGGUGUGGCCGCAAUAUUUGCUGCCUACUGGCUCUUUCAGGCCAUGUAUGAUGCAAAAGUUUUCAACGUCCUCACGUAUAUCGAACACCAGUGGUUUAAGCUGGGUGUGACAAAGCCCAGAGCAUCAGUCAUCCGGCUUGUGAACAAAACUCAGGUGCUCAUCAACUAA